GUUAAAAUUUUGUUUUAAAAAUCCACGUGAGCGAGAAAAAAUUAUUUCUGCAAAAAAAAAGAAGAACUAAAAAAAAUUAAAAGUUUUGUGGACAUAAAAAAGAAGAAAUGUGCUGAAUGAUUAUUUGUGACUAAAGGACAUAAAAGACAAUAUUUUGUGAAAUAAACAGACAAUAAUAAUUAGUUGCCGAGUGAAGGAAAUUUUCCCUCUGUUGGAUUACUGUCAUAAUAGAAAUUAUAGAAAGCAGCAUUAACUAAAGAAUUGAAAGACACGGAAGUGAAGAAAAAUGUUAAAGUGGACGGUUAAAAAACGUCUCACUGACGAUGCACUGAGUGUGUAUGACGAUAAUGCAGAAAAUAAUAAUAAUAAUAAUAAUAGCAGUAAAGGAAUUAGAAAAAUUCAUAGUCGAAGGUCAAUGGGAGAUGCACUGACUGAUAAUCACAGAAAUAAUAGAAAUCUUCGAAGACGAUCGCUAGGCAAUUUCCAAAGUAGCAAUAAUAAUAAUAAUAAUAAUAGUUAUAGUCAUGAUAAGGAGAAUAAUCAAGAAUUGACGCCAGUCAGGAGGAUCCAAAAUCGACAAAGUUCAACGCCAUUGAAUGACAGUAGUAAUUUACAUAAAGCAUGUAAACGAAAGCAUAGUCAUGUGAAAGUACAUUCAGAGAAAGUCAGAAUAGCAUCGCCAACAAUGUCACCAAUUUCAAUGGCAACAAGCAGAGACAUUUUCUUUAAGGAACCUCCGACUGUGAUUUAUCAACCAAAUUAUGCACCGACAUUGCCAUCAUUUGAUAUUGAAUACUCUCCAACAUCAUUAAUCAUGAAAGCAGCUCAACAUAAUCCAAUUAUUAAUAAGAGACAGGCAGUGCUGAAUUGUAGUAUAAAUAGUUAUGACAAUAAUGAUGAAAUUCCAUCCAAAAGAUUAAAAUUCGAUGCACUUGACAUGUCUUAUGAAUUUAAGCCUGAAAUGGCAACAACAUCAUCACCAUUAUCCACACCAUUGACUGUAAGGAAGUUUAGUGACAAUAAAAUCCAAUUGACAUCAAUUUCAAGUCUGUCAGAUUCUGAGCCGUCACUUAACUCAUCGGAAGUUGGUGACACAACAUUACAGCAGAUGAUUGAUGAUAUUCUAGCAAGUGCAAGGCAUGGAAAAAAGUUUAAGCAAUGUUUUCCUAAAACUCAAGUCAAUGGACCAAAGCAGCCUGUCCAUAGCCAGCGUGAUCGUAAUUCAAACUUUGUCAAACCACUCAGCAUCGUUUGUGACAAUAUGGAACAGAAAAGUAUCGAGAAGUUGUUGUCAGCUAGUAAAAUUGCACAAGCAGCUGAACGAACAUUGAUCAUUGCUGAUGAUGCAGCUAAGAAUGAACGAGAAGUGAGAGAGAAAACGCCUCAAAAGACUGAAGUUGAAAUUGUAGACUUAAAAAAUGACGAAUCCUGCCAUCUAAAGAGACAAAAUGCUGUAAGAAGGAAGAACACAAGCAAUGAGAAUAAGAAUAGAAAAAAGUUGAGUGACAGUGGGAAGGCUGACAAGGAGAAUGUUCAUCAUGACUCAUCAAUCCAAAAAUGCUUGAGUUUUAGUUCUGCAAAUUACGAUGAAAUCAGUGAAAAGUUCAAAAGAUCCUCAGUUGCUUCCAAUUCAUCCUCAUCAUCAGCAUCUUAUGUCUCACAAUCAAAAUGCAUGAAAAAUUCGGUUGCUAAAGGUUCACUGGAACUAGUGACUACAUGUGAUAAUAAUAAGAAGAAGAUUUCCAUUCACGUCAAAAAAUGUCAAAAUCUAAUGAAAUCAAACGAUGCCUGCCAUAUCAAUGCCUAUGUCAAAUGUGCCCUUACAGUCCUGAAGUCUUCAACAAGUCAAAAUACAUACCAAAGAACAGCUGUCCAUAAAAACUCAACUUGUCCCAUAUUCGAUCAUAAUUUUGUCUUCGAUAUUGAUGAGAAUGAGGAUAGCAAGAAGUACUUUCAAAUAGCUGUGUGGCAUAGAAAUAAGAAUUUAAAAAAAAGCGAACUCCUCGGUUGCUUAACAAUUCCCGUCCAAGACGUAAUUGCUCACAACAUUGAAGGCUCUUUCCUCCUGCAAUCUCAGUCAGCCCUAACCAAGCCAAUGCCUCUAAUCAGAGAAAUUGAAGAGAAGCAACUAGAUCCAAUUAUUGAGCCUAGCAAUGACUUAUUAAAAUAUUUAGAAUUAAAUUCUGAAGAAAAUACUGGAAAUUCACAGGGAAGAACGGCAUUGACAAUGUCAAAAGUCAUCCAUAAACAGUCAAAUGGAAGUUAUGGAUUUGAAAUUUCAUGGUCGAAGCCUCCAAAAAUCAACACAAUAAGUCUAGAGCAAGUAAAGUCAGGGAUUAAAAAAGGAGAUUAUUUGAUAUUUAUUGAUGAAAUUAAUGUAGUCACAAUGCCAAAAGAAGAAGUCAUAGAAUUAAUAAGAAAGGAACGAGACUGUCUAAAGCUUGAGAUUUUCAGACCAACUGAGAAGUUGAGCAGCAAUGAAUUGAUUGAAAAGCUUGCAGCACAAAGUACGCCAGUCGCAGCAUGCAAAAAUGUUUCUAGUCUAAGUUAUGAAGCCAAAUGUACACCAGUGAGUGACUUAACGGAAACACCAAAGAGCCACAGGUCGUCAUGUCAUUUUAAGCAGCCAAAAAUUCAUUUCCAGCCGUCUGUUGGCAAUGGAAUUUUUGUGUGAAAAUUCCUGAAACAUUUAAUUUGUAAAUUUAAUUUAAUGUAAUUAAGGAAACGAAAAAUUGAUUCAAAUUCAAAAUUUGUGCAAUGAAAAAAAAAUAAUUUUUGGCGAAAAAUUGAAUUUUUUUAAUUUAUAAGGAAAAAAAAUUUAUGUGUUGAUUUUUUCUUUUUUUUUAUUUCAUUUUCUUUAUUUUUUGCUUAUUUAUCAAAUUUUUAGUUGAUUUUUUUUUAAUUAUUUCUAACCUCCCUCAAACCUUCUCUAUCUUUUUUGUUUCACGUUUUUUGUUGUGAUUAAUUUACAAAACAAUUCUUUUUAAUUUAAUAAUCUAUUAUGUUUUAAUAGCAAUUAUCAUAAAUAGAAACUUUUUUAUUAUGAAGAACAGUCACCAAAAAAGGCACUGAAUUAAAAUAAAAUAACAUUGAAAAAUAUAA